AUGGAAAACCAAGCCAUUAUAACAAACAACAGCGAUGACUCAAUCCCAGCCUACUAUAAAUCCUCCUUUCUCAGCAAGCCUUCUGGCCACUCCUUAUCAAAACCUUCUGCAACUCAUAACAGUCAGCAUCAAUUUUCUAUUGAAUCCUCUCCUAUUUGUUCCCCUGUCCGAAGAAACUCUGAAGAACGAGGAGCUGAGCUCAAUCCUGAUUUAAUAGCUCAGCUGCUUAAAGAUAUUGACACCAGUCGUAUGAAUUUUGUCGACCGAAUGGUAUUUGAUAUAAAUCGCAAAACUUUACUUCAAAAAUCAAUGUCACAGUAUAAUGAAACACAAAGCAAAUCUUCGAGUACAAAGAGGACAGGUGUAUUUGAAAGGCUUUUAGAAGAUGUAAAUAGAAGAUUUAAAAUAAAAACAAAUAUUAAGGAAUACUCUGAAAUUGAAGAAAAGAAUCAGACCAGCCAAUCUGUUAAAAUACUUCCAAAAGCAAUGACUGAUAAAGUUUACCAAAGACUAGAAGAAGAUACAAAGAAAAGAAAAAUUGCAAAAAAAGUCCGAGAGAUUAUUAAAAAGCAAGAAGAAGAGUCUGUGGAAAGGACAAAAGAGAAACAAAUCAGCAAAAAUCAAGCCAGAGAGCUUGUUAAAAGACUUACAGGUAAUUUUUAUGUAGCUGACGCUAAAAGAAGACUAGAAAAAAUAGAGGAAAAAAGAAGGGAAAAAGAAAUGCGUGAAGAAGAAUCAAUUAUUCAAUGAGUAAAAUCUAGACACCCAUCACGGCCACUUAAUCCAGAAAUUGAAGAAAGAUUGACAAAUGAGAAAAAAGUCAUUGAAGACCUAUACGGACUUCCAGGCCAGUUUGUUUCUUCAAAUUUUCAAGAAAUUUCUCCUCCACGAAAACAGUUUACAUUAAAAGAAGCGACAGAAUCAGGAAAAAGAUUAAUGAGUACAAAAUCCCUUGGGAGGAAAAAAAUUCAGCACAAUGAGUAUAAUCACAAGCCAGCUAUUAAUUCUCCUUCUAAAUAUAAGCAUGUAAAGCCAAGAUACUGUGGAGAAUUUUCAAAAAUAAUGAGAUGUAAAUCUACGUCUAAUAUAAAAACAAGCCCAUCCACCUCUUUUGAAAGCUCUAACGCGACAACUGCAAAUCAUGAUUUUAAAGAGCUUAUAAAAGUUGCUGAUAAUGCAUUAAAAAAUCUAGAAAAUACAAAGAAAAAUAAUGAAUCACAGUUAAAGCCGCCUAAGCCGAGAGUUCCUUGUUUAAAGUUACCUUUUGGAGGUAGCUCUUUAAAAGAGAAACUUUUAACGAAUGCUUCGACUGUAGCUAGCAUUGGUAUGGCUUCGUCUAAUUUUCAAUCAAAAAGUAACUCAAUGGGAGACUAUGAUUUUGUGCCUUCAAUAACUCCUGAUUUUGUGGGAUUUCCUGUAAGAUUAAGAAGCUCAAGUAUAAAUAGUUAA